CGAACGCAACCCAAGCUACUUCUCCCAGAACGUUAUACCUCACCAUCUCACAGUCACGUGAUCUCUGCAAAAGUGACGUCAACUUUGUCAACAAAGGUCAAGUCGCAAGUCGACGCUCCGGCGGCUCAGAGCGUUGGUGACUUGGUGAGACCGAUUAGACCUCUUUGGCCUCGCCCGCGAUUCUGAAAGGGUAGCAUAACAAGCCAUGGAUCGAGCUCUCUCAUUACCCCAAUCUUUUGCGGUCAAUGUCAGGCCACAAGGGCAAGCGAAAGCGAACGGACGAUCCGCCGGAAGAGGCCGAGAGACCCUUGGACCUCGAGGCUGUUCUGCAGAAAUCGAUCGAAAGAGCCGCCACCUUGAUUGAACAGAGCAGCAGGAUCUUACUGCUUGUGGGAGCUGGUAUCUCUACAUCAGCCGGAAUUCCAGACUUUAGGUCUUCAGAUGGGUUAUACGCGGCUAUGAAAGACGGACGUCUAGAGGAGGAGGGACGGGUCUCGGAGACGCCGGUCUCGGAUGCCACGCUGCAUUCUCCCACUCCUUCGCUGAGGUCUAGGCGAGCAGCAGCAGUGCAGGGCGAACGGUUGAGACAAAGACUUCAAGAGACCGAGGAUACUUUCAAGAUCGCAGAUCCCCAAGAGUUAGCGAGUAUAGAGGUCUUUCGCGAACAUCCGGAAGUCUUCUACUCGUUCGCCAAGCAGGUCCUUCCCGGGGAUCGUACACCGACCGAGACACAUCGCUGGAUCAGAUCUCUUGAACUGAACGGCAAAAUGCUGCGCUUGUAUACUCAAAACAUCGAUCAGCUAGAAACUGCCGCCGGCAUCGAGGCGGUGAUACCUUGCCACGGCACAUUCGCCACUGCGUCCUGUAUCAGAUGCCAGCGCAAAGUCCCGGGAGCGAAUAUUGCUGAAGAGAUACAGAAGGGCACGGUCCCGUACUGUCAGGUUUGUAAGCGAUCCAAAUCUAAGCCGAUAAGGGGUUACUUGCCAUAUAUGAAACCCGAUAUCACAUUUUUUGGAGAACCCGUCGACACGAGAGUGGAGAAACAGCUCAAGUUAGACCGCCUACAAGCGGAUUUGCUCAUCGUAAUCGGCACCAGCCUCUUGAUUCCUCCGAUUCGGGAUAUUCCAAAAUUGUUCAAGCAUAUACCUCAAAUACUUAUCAAUCGUAACAAACCUAAAGCGAUCGAUCCAGAGAUUCUGCUUCUGGGAAAUUGCGACGAUAUCAUCCACCGGUUGGAAGAAUAUAUGCAACACAAAGGGAAAGCUGGUGUAACCCGAUGAUCCAGUCGGAUUGACUAUUUCUUGUUCUUAUGGAUGAAAGCGAUGUAUCGUUCCAUUUCUGUACCGUCCCGUAGAUGAAUAGCUCGAGAGACGCCCAUAGGUCUG